AUGCCUCACCCCUAUCACCUACUCCUGGCACUACCAUUUGCACAGUCGGUCGCCCAAGCAGGGCCUAGCCGACAAUUAUCAUCCCUUGAAGAAACACGAUCCUGUACCGAAGCCUCGGCAACGACGUUUUCACUCAAAGGUGUAUUUUAUGUUAGGGUUGAGACAUCACCAUAUGCUAUAACCGCAUUCCCCAAUUCGACGCAACUUGCGUUCGAAGUGAUCAAUAACGCCAACGGCGUUUCGACUGGGUGCAGCCUCCAAAACGUCCAACACGACAACGUAUGGCCGGACUUGAGCAAUUACUGGUUUAAGUGUUUGGACCGAAGCUACGAGGUAGACGGAUCCGAAUAUCCCAUAAAUACAAGCACAAAUUUUCUUUGGGACGACAGCUGGAAAUUAAGAGUGAAUCAGACUUGGAAUUGCGAUGGCCAAACCAUCGUAAAACAAGUUGCCACCGCAACGCUUAAGCCGACCUGCAAAGAGACUUCCUCGCCCCAGCAGUAUAUAGAGAAUUGCGAUAUUUCUGAUGCAGAGGUCCCAGCAACGGACCAGCAAUAG